GGGAUGGAGGCGGCGGGCGGGCGGGCGCUGCGGGGCCUGCUGGCGGCCGCGGGGCUGCUCUCGGCGCUCAGCGCCGCCGGGACGCUUUUCCUGCUGGCGCAGUGGCGGGAGCUGGGCGCGGCGCUGCGGGAGCUGGAGGCGGCGCGGCCCGGGGCGGCCCCCGGCUCCGUGCGGGACCUGCCGGCUCCCCCCGGCCCCGGCCCCGCGGGGCCACCCGCCCGCAGCAAGCGGAGCUGCCGCGGGGAGCGCGCCCGCGGAAACGUGCGCGCCGAGAGCGAGGAGAUGCUCAUGCUGCUGACCUACUCCAUGGUGCCGGUCCGAGUGAUGGUGGAUUUGUGUAACAGCACAAAAGGGGUGUGCCUAACAGGCCCCCCAGGUCCCCCAGGGCCUCCUGGACUUGAUGGACUGCCUGGCUACAACGGAUCAGCUGGAGUCCCAGGUAUACCAGGACAAAAGGGAGAACCAGGAAUAAAUGGAAAAAGAGGAAAAAUAGGUGUGCCAGGACCAAAAGGUGAUCAAGGACAGAAAGGAGAACCUGGAGAAAUGGGUUUACCUGGCAAGGAUGGUAUGCCAGGAGGAAAAGGUGCAAGAGGAGCAAAGGGUGAAAAGGGGGAUGCAAACAAUGAUGUGAUAUUAGAAGGGGCAAAAGGUGACCCUGGACCACCCGGGCCCCCUGGACCACCCGGACCCCCAGGGCCUCCAGGAAAACGUAAAGGUAAAGCACAGCUUCAGGAGAACAUAUACAGCAGCAAAUGCACAGGCGAGACAUGUGCUGUACCGAAUGAUGAUACCCUGGCUGGAAAAGCUGAAGACAAAGCCCCUGGUCCUUCAAAAAAAGCUGAAUGUGUCAUAACAUCUGUAGGAAGUCCUGUUCACUUUGUCAGUGUACAGCAAACAUUUGGAACUUGGAUGCGGGAACCUGCAAAUAUAAGUGAUGAAAGGAUUUGGCUUACCAUGCAUUUUUCAGGAAACUCUAUAAAAGAAUACGAGAAUUCCAAUGCCUUGCUGAAUGACAGCUACAGGAUCAUUAACAUCACAGGAUUCUUUUAUGGAUGUGGUCAUGCAGUACAAAACAAUCACCUGUACUAUCAAAAGGGAGGAACCAAUGUCAUUCUGAAACUUGGGCUUGAUAAAUCAUCACUGGGCACACUGCUAAUUGAAAAUGCCUUAUAUCAUGGCCGUAACUACCUCUUUUCUAACUCGAAGACGUAUUUCAACAUAGCAGUGGAUGAGAAGGGUCUUUGGAUUAUAUAUGCCUCAAGCACUGACGAAAAUAUAAUAGUAGCACAUAUUGAUGAAGAAACAUUUUCAGUCAUUCGUCAUAUCAAUACUACAUAUCCUAAGUCCAAGGCUGGUAACGCAUUCAUAGCAUGUGGCAUUAUGUAUGUUACUGACACCAAGGAUAUGACAGUAAGUUUUGCUUUUGACUUAUUGAAAGAGAAGCAGAUUGAUACAAGGUUUGAGUUACGGUCUUCACAGUCUGUUCUUGCUAUGCUUUCAUACAGUCUAAGAGAUAAGAAUUUGUAUACGUGGGAGAAUGGGAGCUUGAUGGUAUACCCUGUACAUUUUGGCAGAUGAAUAUGUUUUAAAAUGUCAUGUAUGGGAGCCACGUUUGACUAAAUAGAUUAUUUAAAGCUAUAUGAUGUACACAAGGGGGUCGCUUCACUUGGUAUAAUUUGCUGUUCACUGAUGGUGGUUUGUGAUUGUGCAUAACCACACUUCAGUUAUAUAGGCCAUUCUCAUCUUUUUAAAUGAAUAGUUGUUCAGUAUUGCAGCUGCAACACAGCCAGCACAGACUUGCUUUUGUUUUUCCCCUGUUAUUCAGCCGAUAAUUAUAUCUAAUGUACAUUGAUUAUUCCAUGGUCAUGUGCUCAGCAGAGACUAUUUAUAACUUUCAGUAGCAAUCAUCUUAUCUGAAAUCAUUUUCUAGUCAGUGAUUAUGGUCUAGUAUAAAUGUCUAAAUAAUGAACUUCUGUAUACAAAUACCUUUGUCACUUUUGCUUAAUACUUUCCACUGAUUCUCUGUGAACACUUUUUUUUGGACAAAGAUAUAUAGCUGUUAAAAAUAAUGGGGAUGGAAAUAGAUGUUUAACUAGAAAAGAAGCGGAAAACUUCAAAUUUGACAAGUCCAAUGAAUUUUUACAUAAUCAGAAGCAAAAUCCAGACCAAGUACAAGGAAAAUGGGAAUAAUGGCAUUCUUGACUAUACGUGAAAUUGUGUUUAGUGAAUGGAGUGUGGGAAGACAAGUGAUAAGGUAUAAAAUUGAAGAUGUAAAAUUUAUGAUUAAAAUUCCCUUUUUAACAGUGUUUGAGUUGCUCGUGUUGCUGCAGACUCUUCCUUGCCCCUCACUGCCAUGUAAACUAUACCACUAUAACGUGCUCAUAACUAUACUUAAUUAUAGUAAGGUGUAGCUCUAAAAAAACUUUUCCCCACAUUCAUCCAUACAAACAAAAUCAUAAAAUGAAGGGUAUACUUUUUUGCUGGUAUUCUUAGAAAAAUAAAAUACGUAGAGCAGGAAAACAUGUGUUUAUCAGAGUGCUUAGUGACUUAAUUUGGUGUUAAUCUUAAUUCAGAUUUCCCAUUCACCUUCAAAUGUUUGAGAGCUAGAGGUGAGACAUAAUAGGAGCUUUUUGAUAUUAACUUUGGUCUGGUAUUUCAGAAAAUUGAAAUAUAAAUCCCUACUGUUUCUUUUUGUAUCUAUAUUCAAAAUCAUGCUCUCAGAAAAAUCCUACCUAAUUUCUAAGAUGCCUGUGUAUAUUGGUAAAGUUCACAGAGCUCAGCUAAAUAUUUAGAAGCAAAGUAUUGCUUAAACCCUGAACUGCACUGAGCUGUUUAAUGCCUGUGUGACAUCCAGGCACCAUCAAAGGGAUUAAUGGAUUUGGGGACACCUGUGCCCUGCAGACCCUUGUCUAGCAAAUGUGCAGGAACACCACCUCUGCUGCAGCUGAACUUCAGUGUGUGAUACAGUCAGGGCUGGGCUGGGGCUGCAUCCUCUCUGCUCAGCGUACUUGCUGAUUUCACCGAGGCCAGGAUGCAGGCCUUGCAUGAUAAGGAGAGGCAUGCAGAGGGAAACCAAAAAGCAUAAUUAAUACUUUGAACUAGAGUUCUGCCUGUAAAUAAAGAGUGCAAAACUUCACAGUCCAGUGCUAGUUGUGCACAUGUGGGCUUCUUUUGACUUUUGUGGGUUUUUUUUGUUUGUUUGUUUUGUGUUUUUUUUUUCAUUUGUUUGUUUUGUUGUUUUUUAAAAAAUUGAAUUAUGGUGCUAAUAAAGGAAACUUCUUGGCCAAAAAAAAAAAAAAA